AUGGCAGCUGCGAUUCUUCCCACGACACUCACUGCCGCUCUGAUCGUUCUGAUAAUUCUUCUGCAUCUUCUCCGAGUGCAAAAUUCGCAGGUGAAGCGCAAGGCCGAAGCAGAGACACCCACUCGUGUUGAUGUCCUAACGGAUCCAUUAGAGCUGGGAGUCCUUCAGGGACUCGGUCAGUACGCAUUGGGAAAAGCAGCCAUACGGGACCGCGCCAUGCAAGAGCUCGCGGCAGCCAUUAAAGUAUUGAAGAGCGAAUUCGAUGUCUGCGAGCGCGGAGAGAAAAUUGAAGCCUUUGCCCUCUUCGUAGUUGGAGGCGGUGGUCACAUGCCAAUCAUGGGUGCUUCAAGCAUCAAUGGCGGCGUGCCGAUUGAAAUGAUUCCUUUUGACAAAGUAGUUCCUUCUUCUGAUAGCAAGAUGGUCCGGUUCUUGAAGGUUUUGGAAGAGAAAGGACUUGCGGUCGCCGGAGGCCGAAACCUAACUGUGGGUGUCAGAGGCCGUACUCUCGGCAGCCCACUUUUUUCUCUCCCCCACGCCCUGGAUUCGCGUGCUCCGACGUCUUCGGGUGUAAAGAUUUUACUCGCCGAUGGAUCUGUUUUUACCGCUUCAGCGAGCAAGCAUCCUCGUCUUUAG